UUCCCUUACGGUGAUAUGAAUCUUAACUUCAUAUAUUAUAAUUCAUCCGAACACCUUCAUCUUGUGAAAGGAUUCGGACAAAGUGACCAAAACAGAUGGAACCGAAAGUACGUCGUCAAGUACAUAGGAGAAAGCAAGGUUGUCACGAUGGGUUUUGAUGUAUUUACUGUGGUUAUUGAGCCACUCCAACCUGUGUAUUUCAGUGAGCAGAUUGUUGAAGGUUACGUUAAAAUUCAUACAGUAGAUCCAGUGUCUUGUAGAGGUAUAACAGUGACAGCCAAAGGUGUAGCCAAGGUGUCAUGGACUGAAAAACACGGAAAGACGAGUCACACAUAUUCUGCGUCAGAAGAAUACUUUCGCCAAACUCUUACCAUUUGGUCAGGUGCCGACAUGGAUGAGACUUUCCCUGCUGGCGAAUACAGGUUCCCUUUCGCCUUCCAGAUCCCAAAGGAUAUUCCAUCUUCCUUUGAGUCCAUUACUGGCAAAGUGCGGUACCAGGUCAAGGCUGUGGCUGACAGGCCAUGGCAUAUGGAUAACUCAUCCACAGCAGUCUUUUCAGUCAACCACCUCUAUGAUCUCAGUUCUGACAGCAAUGCAAGGCUUGCAAUAGCCCAGGAACGAGAAAAAUCCAUUACUUGCUGCAGUACCCGAUGGGGACCCAUCUCUCUAACACUUGCAGUAGAGAGAAGAGGCUAUGUUGGAGGGGAAAAUAUGAUCAUCAACGGGGAGAUUGUGAACAACAGUGGGUCCACCAUUAAGUAUACUGAGGCCAAAAUUGUGCAGAACAUCAGCUACAUCACCAGUUCCAAAACGAAGACAGGAAGUCGCACGGUGCAGCGUGUCUAUCGCCCACAGAUUCAGACCGGGAGUACUGACGAGUGGUUAGGUGUCCCUCUCCCAGUGCCUGCAGUCACAGCUAGCCAUCUCAUGCACUGUAACAUCAUUGACGUGGAGUAUUACUUGAUUUUUCAGGCUAAACUCGGGACGUUCAGAACAGCAAAGAUUCAAGAGAGUAUCAUCAUAGGGUCUGUCCCACUGCCAGGUACUAUUGUUGCUCCCGACACAUCUAUUGAGGAGGGUGGAACAGUCCUGGCUAGCGCCAUAAGCCAUGAAAACUCCCCAAGUUUUGUGCAGUCUCGUCGGCCAGGUCGAGGUGGUGAUAAUCCUCCUCCAUACAACAGGAUCAUCAUGCCUGACCAGUAUGCGAAUGUCCCCCCACCUUCCUACGAGUCCUGCAUCUUUAGCGAUGGACAGCAGAGUGCUUUUGAUAAUGAAAGUGACAAUGAUGAUGGUCGCUUUGCUCCACAUUAUAUCAUAUACAGAAGAAUUUAAAAAAAUUGAAUCAUGGGCAAGUUUGAAUAUCCCUGGUUGCUAACUUGUAUAAUUAUAUAUCUAUUAAGUAUUUUAGGUAGAGGUUUUAGAUAAUUUUUACACAAAAUUUGUUACUUUAAUGUCAGAUAUUUGGGCAGUUGUUAAAUUUAUAAGAUUAUGGAUAUGUGUGUGUGUGUGUUCGUUUAUUUUUACUAUACUGAAAUUAUAUUGGACAACCCUAUCAUUAUGGGACAUGAAUUUUUUGUGGUGUAAUAUGCAAAAAUCUAGACUUUAGCUAGGUGUAAGCUGUGUACAGCUAUCCCACCAAUUAUAAGUCAUGACAUGUAUACACAUUAUAAGCCAUUAAAUUGUGAAGGCUAUAGCUGUGUCCAUAUUUAAGGGGUUAAUAUUUUGAAUUUUGUGUUAUAAACUAAGUAAUAACUUGAUUUACUUAUGAACCCUCUUUUGAAAAAGUUUUACAUAAGUUUGUAUUGUUUACCUAAUAAUCCUUGAGUGCUAGCACAACAUGAUGGCUACUCACAUGCAAGAAACUAUUAAUCAUCAACUUAUAUGUACAAAGAAACACAUUUAUGUUCAUAGUUCAUACAUGACAUGGUUUGAAGGGAAACAUCUUGGCUCAGCAGUAAUACCAUAUGUGCUCUAUGUCUGCACAGGACUGUAAAUGAGGGUAAAAUGUUGGCAACACAUGUAAAGACCAUGAUUCCUUAGUGCAUGUAUUGCUGACCAGCCGUGUAAGCACCAGGGAUAGUUUUCAUCUUUGUUGGUCUUAGAGCUCAGAUUUAUACAUGUUCAUGCCAUAUAUUACUAGAAUUCUUAUAUUAUACAUACUAUGUAUGUAUGUUUAUUCAUAUAAAAAGGAAGCAGGAGUAAUGCCCAGAGGGUACAGGGGCAUGGAGGUGUAUGUGGGGGUGUCCAUUCUCUUUUGACACUUACCGCAUUCAUUCACUCAUCAAGAGAGGUACCAGGUCUUUUUUUCGUUAACUAAGGGAGAUGAAGGGGUACCGGGGGGAUAGGUAAAGGGGAAUAAUUUGUGGAGGUGUUGCACAAAGAAAUGCAUAAGAAAUAACCAGGAGAAACAAAACAUCCACUUUGUUAGCUUUUCUGUUCGGUAUGAUUUUAUUUCAUUUUAGAUUUUUUUCUUCAUUAAUUUUUAAAAAGAAAAUUUGCAGAAAUUGGUUUACAGAUUAUUGAUUCUGUUGUUGCUAGUAUUUACUGACUUCUCAUUUUCCUACCCCGUAAGGGCUCAGCUUUAACAGCAUUUUGAAUUCAGAUACUCAGAUUAGUAUUAUUGAUAAGCUUAACUACUCACCUUUUAUAUUUGUAUUUGUUUUGUUAUUCUUAAUAGAAAGAUUUUUAAGGGUAUUCAUAAUAGCCUGUUUUUCAUAUCUUUAUUGAUAUUGAUUUAUUUGAUAGAAUUAAGUAAACUACACAUAUAAUUAUUUGCCGGAAGUGAAUGCUCAUACCAGUAAAUUCAAACCACAUAUAUUUGUCACAAGGAAAAAUCACAUAUAUUUUAUGCCACCACUCUUUGUAAGGCAUAAAAGGCAAUUCCUCAAUAUUUGGAUAUGCAGCCAACCAUAUGUGUUCAUAAUGUGUUGAAUAUUUUUGUAACAGGUAUCACAUGCACAAGAGUCACAAACAUAACUACUGUUAGUUUGUACUGUUUGGGUGAUGUAAGUGUAGAUUUAGUUAUUUAAGUUACACGGUAAGGGAAAAAAUUACGAAUGGGGGUAAUUGCCAUUCAAAGGUCUGGCUCCCCCCCUCCCUGGUUCACAAUUUUUAACUUUUUUACAAAAUCACUUUGUACAGACAUUGUUAUAUCUUAAAAGUGUCCCUAAAAUAGCUCACUUUUCUAAAGUGCCUACUCACUCUUUUGCCUCCCGCACAAGAAAAAGCUGAAAUGAUGCCCCUGCUGAUCACAUGAUAUUAUAUAUAAUCCAAGUAACCUAAGUCUUAAAUUAAUUCCAUGGUGGUGCCAAUGUUGUCUGAUAAUAUGAGCAAACUGAAGAGAAAAUAUUAUAGGUUUUGAAAUGCUUAAUACUGUUGAUAUUUUGUGUUACUGCCACCAGUUUCACUAAUGCUGGCAAUUCACUGUGUUAUGGAUGUCACUAAAGCCAUCUAUAACUGGCAUCUGUCUGCAGAGUGCAAUUGCUCCCAUGCCAUAAUUGCUUGGGCCAUGACAAUAUGGCAAUUGUGGGUAUAAUCUUGGUUGAAGUCUGCUCAGGCAUUCUUAGUAGGAUUGAGGUAUUACGAUUUGGGUGAAUGUGGCACAGUAUUAUCUCGAGGUGUUCGCAAAAUCACACCUUCACGACACUGCUUGCAUGGAUAGGGCUGUUAUUCUAGACAAGGUCAAAUAGCUCUGGCUUAAGGAAUAGCAUGGCCUGGCCCACACUGAUGGUAAAAACACCGUGUCUAAGAUUUCCAUGUAGGCAGACCCCUGUAAAUCUGUGCAUCAACUCAAGCAGCCCAAUGGUUUCUGACAGUCUGCAUGCUGAAACUUAGUGCAAAUUUCUGCUGGUUGUUGCUGGCAGAACUGAAGGGGCCACAUCCCUUGCAGUAGUUAUGGCUUGUUUGAAAAAUAACAAAAAUAAAUAACUAAGAAGAAAAUGACUCAUAGCUUGGGAACGUAGCAACUAACUAUUGGCCAUGCCCCCUUCUCAAACCCAGUCAGCCAGAAGGGGGGUUGCCAUUGAGUAACAAAUGGUUUUCAUUAGCUUAUGAUAAUCAUUAUGGCAUUACAAAUGAGUCUAUGAGGUCUCCAUUACUAAUAUUAGCAUAAUGUGAGACUAUAACCCUAUCAAUUCCAAAGCUCUAAUCAAACAAUAUGGAACUUCAUCUGUUUUGAGCUUUGAAGUAAGUUGUUGUUUUAGUGAGUGUACUUAUGUUGUUCAUUCUCUCAGGUAUUAAUACACUUAACCUCAAAUCCUCAUCUGUUCUUUAUUUUAUCUACAUAAUUCCUUUUUGUGCAUUUAAGAAUUAGAAAUUUGUUUUGCAAUAGAGCAAUAUGGUUUCUCUGUAUGUAAUUUAUUAACAUUUUACAAACUUUUGAUCAUAAUCCUAUAGUAUGGACUUUGGUGUCUUUGUUAGAAUACGUAGAUACUAAAGUAGUGCAUUCAGUCUCAGGAAAAGAAGAGCUGACAAUUCUCCCUGGGAUCAGGGGGACUGAUUUGCCAUCUCUUUUUUAUUCUGAUCAACUGACAUUGAAUGCUUAUAAUCACAUAUGUAUUUUUAAACUUUUAUACUGUUAGUUUUAAUGCUUUACACUACUUUUGUUAUUUUUUCUCAAAUGAGACUUGAAAUUGGAGUACUUCAGUCUAUAAUUACAACAGUGUUUCCCUUCUUGAGAUUGGAUGAAAUAUAGGGAGGUUUCUGUCAGCUGAAACUCCAGGGUUUUUUGCAAGUGGUGCCACUCAGAAGAUUACCAUUUUUCUCAGGCUUAAAUUUACCUCUCAGCUAACCCAUUUUCUAUAUAACUGUAUUACAAUUUAUCAUUUCUGCCAUCCCUAGUAAAGUACAAAAAGUAGUGUUGAAAGAUGUCUGGUCACAUGACAAGGAGAGAAAGGAAUUUCCAUUAAGCAUCACUCAAUCUCACAGUUAAGGUGAAUAGAUAAAGUUCUGUAAAAAAAGAAAAGAAUACUCAAGCUUAAAAGAGAGACAUGUCUUAUUAGAUUGAUAUUGUUACUCUGGUGAUAGUGAUAAACUAGAACAAGGACAUGUCCAUUCACUGUAGUUAAAAGUAUUUUUGUAUCUACCAUGUAUUUUCACAGGGAAAUGGCUACGGAACAAUACCUUUGUAAUCUGAAUUUUGUAUUUUUGUAAGAAAAAACAGCUGUUUCAUAUUUUACUUAUUCAGCAGAAUGAAUAGUAUUAUCUUAGUUGUAUUACAAUAGUAUAGUGUCAAGCAGUUGUGAUUUCUGUAUAUGGCUGAAUUUCACAGAGAUCUGCCAUAGCAUGAUAACCAUUAUUUCCUGUUCUCAAACACAAUCCUACAAUUUUUAAAAAAAUUAGGCAUCAUGAGAGAAGUCUAUAGUUCGAAGUAAAGCUUUAUAAGACAGCUGUGAUACAUAACAUUGGAAAAUGUAAGCAGUGGGACCUAUCACAGUAAUUUUUUGACAUGUUUGUAAGUGACUAAUGAUCAGCUACUGAUGUAUAAUCUCUUUUUAUUGGUGUGAAUAUUUGGAUGAAGAUUAUAUGUUAAAAGGUAUUACAAUAAGCAAUUUGUUUUAUUUUGGGGAGAAAUGAAAUGUCUUGAAAUUGUCACUGAUGCACAGUGAGAUAAUUUUUAUGAUCUUAAAUAUGAAAUUUAAGUUUUAUGUUCCUAUAUGGUUUUAUGAGGACUUUGUUUUUAAGCAAAUAUAAUGGUGCUAGUAGACUUUUACAUUUAGAUUCAUGUAUUUUGUCUUUUACAUAUUUGAAUUUAUCAUUUUAUACCAAUUGUUUCUCUUUGGUCAUUAAUAUACCACAUGUUUUGUUUUUUCCUAUGGAUUGUAGAUUUAGAGGUGUAAUGUACAAUUUUGUCGUGUGAAAAGUCUGAUGAUAUGAAAGACAUGCUUGGUAAGCCACGUAAACCGUUGUACAAGCCUUGCUAGUUACAUUAAUUCAGACAAAUGAAAGAGUAAAUGAGAUGAUGGAAGUGAGUUGUGUUGCAUCGUAUGGGCAAAGCCACAACAAUCUGGUAAUGCAGAAACUUGACUCAAAUCUUUUCUCCUUUCUUUUCAUCCUUAGGGAGAAAGGCUUGGUAAUUAUAGGAAAACUGGUAAUUGUAAAAAAAAUAAAUAAAUAAAUAAAAAAAGAUUGGUAGUUUUUAAAAAUGGUAGAAAUUUGUUAUGUAUAGUAAUUGU